CACUUGACAGGUUCAGUUGGAGACGAUCAUAGGUGGCUGCUGUGACAAAGGGAAAUUGUGCUUUUCCAGCAUGCUUACUGACCCUGAUUUACCUCAGGAGUUUGAAAGGAUGUCUUCCAAGCGACCAGCCUCUCCGUAUGGGGAAGCAGAUGGAGAGGUAGCCAUGGUGACAAGCAGACAGAAAGUGGAAGAAGAGGAGAGUGACGGGCUCCCAGCCUUUCACCUUCCCUUGCAUGUGAGUUUUCCCAACAAGCCUCACUCUGAGGAAUUUCAGCCAGUUUCUCUGCUGACGCAAGAGACUUGUGGCCAUAGGACUCCCACUUCUCAGCACAAUACAAUGGAAGUUGAUGGCAAUAAAGUUAUGUCUUCAUUUGCCCCACACAACUCAUCUACCUCACCUCAGAAGGCAGAAGAAGGUGGGCGACAGAGUGGCGAGUCCUUGUCUAGUACAGCCCUGGGAACUCCUGAACGGCGCAAGGGCAGUUUAGCUGAUGUUGUUGACACCUUGAAGCAGAGGAAAAUGGAAGAGCUCAUCAAAAACGAGCCAGAAGAAACCCCCAGUAUUGAAAAACUACUCUCAAAGGACUGGAAAGACAAGCUUCUUGCAAUGGGAUCGGGAAACUUUGGCGAAAUAAAAGGGACUCCCGAGAGCUUAGCUGAGAAAGAAAGGCAACUCAUGGGUAUGAUCAACCAGCUGACCAGCCUACGAGAGCAGCUGUUGGCUGCCCACGAUGAGCAGAAGAAGCUAGCUGCCUCUCAGAUUGAGAAACAGCGUCAGCAAAUGGAGCUGGCCAAGCAGCAACAAGAACAGAUCGCAAGACAACAGCAGCAGCUUCUGCAGCAACAACACAAAAUCAACUUGCUCCAGCAACAGAUCCAGGUUCAAGGUCAGCUGCCGCCAUUAAUGAUUCCCGUAUUCCCUCCUGAUCAACGGACGCUGGCUGCAGCUGCCCAGCAAGGAUUCCUCCUCCCUCCAGGCUUCAGCUAUAAGGCUGGAUGUAGUGACCCUUACCCUGUUCAGCUGAUCCCAACUACCAUGGCAGCUGCUGCCGCAGCAACACCAGGCUUAGGCCCACUCCAACUGCAGCAGUUAUAUGCUGCCCAGCUAGCUGCAAUGCAGGUAUCUCCAGGAGGGAAGCUGCCAGGCAUACCCCAAGGCAACCUUGGUGCUGCUGUAUCUCCUACCAGCAUUCACACAGACAAGAGCACAAACAGCCCACCACCCAAAAGCAAGGAUGAAGUGGCACAGCCACUGAACCUAUCAGCUAAACCCAAGACCUCUGAUGGCAAAUCACCCACAUCACCCACCUCUCCCCAUAUGCCAGCUCUGAGAAUAAACAGUGGGGCAGGCCCCCUCAAAGCCUCUGUCCCAGCAGCGUUAGCUAGUCCUUCAGCCAGAGUUAGCACAAUAGGUUACUUAAAUGACCAUGAUGCCGUCACCAAGGCAAUCCAAGAAGCUCGGCAAAUGAAGGAGCAACUUCGACGGGAACAACAGGUGCUUGAUGGGAAGGUGGCUGUUGUGAAUAGUCUGGGUCUCAAUAACUGCCGAACAGAAAAGGAAAAAACAACACUGGAGAGUCUGACUCAGCAACUGGCAGUUAAACAGAAUGAAGAAGGGAAAUUCAGCCAUGCAAUGAUGGAUUUCAAUCUCAGUGGAGAUUCUGACGGAAGUGCUGGAGUCUCAGAGUCAAGAAUUUAUAGGGAAUCCAGAGGGCGUGGUAGCAAUGAACCCCACAUAAAGCGUCCAAUGAAUGCCUUCAUGGUGUGGGCUAAAGAUGAACGGAGAAAGAUCCUUCAAGCCUUUCCUGACAUGCACAACUCCAACAUCAGCAAGAUAUUGGGAUCUCGCUGGAAAGCUAUGACAAACCUAGAGAAACAGCCAUAUUAUGAGGAGCAAGCCCGUCUCAGCAAGCAGCACCUGGAGAAGUACCCUGACUAUAAGUACAAGCCCAGGCCAAAGCGCACCUGCCUGGUGGAUGGCAAAAAGCUGCGCAUUGGUGAAUACAAGGCAAUCAUGCGCAACAGGCGGCAGGAAAUGCGGCAGUACUUCAAUGUUGGGCAACAAGCACAGAUCCCCAUCGCCACUGCCGGUGUUGUGUACCCUGGAGCCAUCGCCAUGGCUGGAAUGCCCUCCCCUCACCUGCCCUCGGAGCAUUCAAGCGUGUCUAGCAGCCCAGAGCCUGGGAUGCCUGUUAUCCAGAGCACUUACGGUGUGAAAGGAGAGGAGCCACAUAUCAAAGAAGAGAUACAGGCCGAGGACAUCAAUGGAGAAAUUUAUGAUGAGUACGACGAGGAAGAGGAUGAUCCAGAUGUAGAUUAUGGGAGUGACAGUGAAAACCAUAUUGCAGGACAAGCCAACUGAUAAGGGUCAAAAGAUUGUUGUGACCUUAGGACUUAAAGAAGCCCUAACUGGUUCAUCCUUACCAGUGGCCAAGCACAUUAACUUUCUCAUACACUGACUGUUACUUUAACUGUUAGUCUUAAAUAGUUGGGACAUCAGCUGACUAAUAGACCUCAGCCUCAAAAGGCUUGGAAAGAAAAAAAAAAAAAAAUACAACAAGCAAACAACAAUAUCAACAACAAGAGAUUGAAAUAAGCUAUGGGUAAAAUAAUGCCAGUAAUUCAGCUGCUACAUCCAAGCACUGAAGUCUUACCCGUCAACUUUUUUUUUUUUUUAAAUAAACUUUAUGGCUGUUUGUUCUACAAUGUUCUAGAAAUUCUCACUCAGGUACACAGUGCCAACAAGUGGCUUGUGAAUGUGUUUUGUUGUUUUGUGCUACAAUUUUUAAAAAGAAAUAAGUUUUGUUUUGUUUUUUGGGGUUUCUGGGUUUUUUCCUUUUCUUUCCUUUCAUUUUUUUUUCUUUGUAAUGCACCUGACAGAAAAAAAAGAAAAAUGAAUUUCUCUUUACUUCUCUCCACCUUCUCCAUCUCUACACUUUAAAGAUGGAAGUCUGUGCAUGAGGGGGAAGAGGGAAAAAGAGCCUGUUUUUAACUUCCUUGCUAUCCACCACAAAAUAAGCAAUUAUUUUCUUUAGAGGACUUUAUCUAUUGCACACCACACUACAUCUUUGAGCAAGUGCCAAAUUUGUACUGAAGUGUUGACCAAGUUCAUUUUUACCCUUUACUUUUUCCUUUUCCUUCUUAAGUUAGGACAGUGUUAAAUCUUAGACAAUCCCUUGAAAAACCUGAAAUACCAGCAGCUGGUGAGAUUUGACUUUUUUUUUUAAUGGAAACUGUAGGUGCUGUUCUCAGGUGAAAAGAGAGAGAGAGAGACAUAAGAAAUUUAGAGAAAAAUAUUUUCUGAUCUUGGAUUUUUGUGUGUAUGUAUGUGUGUGAUUAUGGUACUAAUAGGAAUAACGUUGGACCAUUGUGAGUUAAACCCACAUCUGGGGAUGAAAUCCCACAUCCUCCCAAGUGACUGGUCUAGACAUAAUCUUGACCUUGACUUUGCACUUCAAAUGACAACUUAACCAAGUAUAGGGCUCAGAAAUUAUAUUUUUAAAUGUCUAAUACGAUGAUUAUUGGAUGGAUCAGGUGGCCCUGUGUAAUAGAGGUGUGCAUGUAUAACAUGGAAGCUACUAGCAAACUGCUCCCAGAUGUUCUUUCUCCCUGGUCAGUUGGUUCCAUUAACGUUUGUUACUUAGUGAUUUUUGUUUUUCCUGUUGAUAUUUCGAGCAAAAGAAUCAUUGUUUUCAUUGGAUAUAUUUGGCCAUUUUUCAGACAAACAGAAUUAGCUUAUUUCUUCCACAUUCCAUCCUUUCCCGAUCAGGAAAUGAAACUGAUGAUUUUAUAAGGUAUUUUUCACCCCUCCAUGAAAUGAGGUGGAGGCCUUUAGCAUUUCAGAAGUGUGGGCCAUGUGUAGUUCAUGCCAUAAAAAGUAGGAUUUAAUUUAAAAAGUCAUUGCAGCCCAACAAAAUGGAGCCUGGCUGCACCCAGGGAUCCUUGCCACUGCUCUUCCCUUGCUGUCAGAUGAAUCCACUGAAGUCCAACUUUGGUUCAAGCAGAGUAUUUGUGAAGAGCAACAACUGAAUGUGAUGGGACUGCUUAUGUAGAUUUUGCCAGCCAAAUGCCAAGGCAGUUGUAGGGCCUGUACAAAUAAAUGCAAAAUCAUUUCAAGUCAAUUGCCAUUAUUUGUAUUGAAGUAUCAGAUAGUAAAUACUGCAACUAGUAGCUUGAUGUGCUAUAGUUUUCACUCCAGUCAUCAUUUUCCUAUCUCACGCCCCGAAACACCACCCUAAAGUUGGAUUUUUACAUAUAAAUAAUAAAAGAAUCCCUUUUAUUUUUCUCUCUCUCAGAAGACUUGCUCUGGGGUUUUGCUUGGAGGAGCUGAUCAUAUCCUGCAUGUCAGAUAUUUCAUUUUGUUUGUUUUUCUGUUUGUUUUUGAUGACUUUAUUUUCAUUUGAACUGCCUCUUUUUGCUAGUGUUGUAAUAAUGAUGAUGAUGAUAAAAUAAUAAUAAUAAUAGUAAUAAUAAUAAUGGUCAGCUGUUCCCAGAUUAGUAAGUUAUGUAUAAUUUAUUUUAUUUCUCCCUUUCUAUUUUAUUCUGCUCUGAUUUGGAAGUGCAGCCAAUAAGCUGUUAGAUAUUUAAAACAAAUUUCCAUCUCCAACUCAUAUAUGUAUGUAUAUGUGUAUAUAUAUAUAUAUAUAUAUACAUAUAUAUACACACAUACACACACACACACACACACACAUGUUUACCCACAAUUUUACUUCUCCUUCCAUAAGUUUUCUCUUUUUUAAGAAUUUUGGCCCCGACAAUAUCAGUUCUGAUGUUUAAAACAAAGGAGUGAAUUAAUAGGAGGGUCAUGUUCAAUCUUAAUUAACUUAUGCUCUCAUCACUCAUUUUAGUUAUUUAAUUGCCACAGUCAUCUAGAGCCAAUUUUUUUUUUGUUUUUGUUUGUUUUGUUUUUAAGCACUCUGGAUAAGGAAAAAAUAGACACUUGUUUUUAUAUCAUUUUUAUGUACAAUGUGAAAACAGAUUUUUAAAAAAUUUGUUCUCUGUCUUUGUUAACAAAUUCCUUCCGAUUUAUGUGGGUUCACCUCUCACGUUUGCUGGAUACUUACUUUACACCAUGUUAUAAAAGAUGCUUUGUUUUCAUUUCAUGAGUUUGGGCUACAAGAAUACUUUGUUUUAGCUCCAGGUAGAUGCCAUUGAAGGAAUUCGUGGCUGAAACCAAUUCUAACACACUUACUGGUGAAUUGACAACACUUUGGUGUUUGGUCUUUUGUUAUAUUUUGUUUUAUUUGAAGGGGAAAACAAAAUUGUUAAUGGUGACUUUUAACUGCUGAAAUUCAAAAUUUGAUUUUAGUUAGGUUUAUGUCCGAGAAUAAACUGUGCGUGAACCGAAACAAAAAGCAAGUUCAUAGCCCUGCAUUCUGUUCUCUUGUUCUGACAGUUAAUUCACUGGAUGUCAAAUUUUCUUUGCCCUAGUUUUCCCCAAAAGAAAACAAAAGCAAAAAUAGUUAUAUUAAUGUGGAAAGUGCUUUGAAGUCACUUGAUAAAAGGUGCUAUGAAUAGCAACUUACUGUGUUACUACAUUGCCUUUUUGGCAUUGGUUGAUUUAUAAUUUUGGCAAAGGAUCCUAAAACCCUGUAUUCUUUUUCUGUGCCCUGUAAUGACCAAAAAAGAUAAAGAAAAUGAGAGUAAGAUCAAAAGAUCAAACCAAAACAUAAACAGUCUCCUUCCUCUCUGCUUUCUUACCUAUCUGUUCACACUUUAUCUCUUUCCCUCUCUCUCUCACAUGCAUGCGCGCACACACACACACACACACACACACACACACACUUGCCCCAACACUGAGAAAUAAUCUUGCCAGAAUUCUGGUUUUUAUAGUUGUUGUAGUCAGUUUCUUUAAAAAUAGUCCUGUUUUCAUAUGAAUCUAAGAGAACGUUACUGGAGAAAAUAGUUACUCAUUUACAGUUACUAAUAAUAACUUAGUGAUUAAGUUACUACAAUUGGAUAAAAUAUAAAACUAUUCUUCAGUACAUUUAUACCUAAAUUAGUGAAGUCCAUUUGUAAAGUUCAUUUGGCAUCUGCAGUUAAGAGUUAACCAUGUAUAAAAUCCCUCCCAAAGAACAUAAUCAUCAUUGUUAAAACCAAAUCCUCUUAUAAAGAACAAAUAUAAAAAAGUUUUCUUUGGUGAAGCUAUUUUAUAGAUUUGAUUUCUGGAGUAGAAUUUUACCUUAAUUCAUUUAAAGAAAAUUAACCAUUUUUUGGUCCAACUUCAGAUAUUUUCUUAAUCCAGAAGCUGUGACUGUUCCCAGAAGAAACCUCUUAUAUCACAUUUAAAACAGAAAAAAUAAUUACACUUUCAUUCAUUCUAAUGGGUAAAUUAUUGAAUUGUAAUAAACAACUGUAUAUUUACAAACAGGUUUAUAAGAUAUUUGUCUAUCAAAUUAAUAGUAAAAUAAAACUUACGGGGUCUGCAAGGAAAACUAUGAAGGCCACUUAAAGUGGUUCAGGUAUCUGUUUGUCUUGUAGGGCAUAGCUGUUGGUUUAGCCAGGCUUUUACAGUAUUUAAUUUUAAAGUUUCCUAUAACUAUCAACUUCCCAGGUUGAAGACGACGUGUUGAGUUUCCUACUGAUUGAUUCCUGUCCUCCCCAGUGUUUCCAUCACUGGUUCACUAAAACAGUAUUUAUAUAGCUCCACUGGCUCUAAAGCUCUUAGUCCUUCUAAUAUUUUGGAUUUUACAAGUAAAAAUGGAAAAAAAAAUAGAAAAGAGACAAUCAAAUGCCUGGAGCUUAAAACAAAGUAUGUGCAACCUACCAUCUCACUUGAAAUUUAAUAAAAUAAUAAAUAAUUAUGUAAAUAUAACAUAGAGUUAUAGAUUUAUAUUUUGUUCAUAACACAUAGUGUAAUAUAAGUUGUAUAUUUUCAUGUUUUUGGUUUAUGUUAUCAUUCAUGCCACAAUAAAAAUAAAACAGGAGUUUAUGUGCUCUUAAAAAAAAGAUGUGGGUUGCCACCAACCUGUUUUUCGUUUUUGUUUUUUGUUUAUUUUAUUUGAUUUUUUUGCAUUCUCCUUUUUCAGUAUUACUGCCAUGCAAGGCACCAAUAAAAACAGCAAAUGUGUUCUUUA